GUUUACCCUUCAAUCCUAAAAGGGUACCACCACCAUGGACACUACCGUCCUCGAUCAAGCAGGUCUUCCCAUGAAGCUGCCAGGUGCGCCACUGAACCCACCACUGAUCGAUUCGUCCGAGGACCCACAUCCAAGUCUGUCCGACUGGCAUGAUUACGAGCCAAACCUUGAGUUCGACGACACCGAGCUGUCCCAGCCGUCACCGGAACCGGGCAAUGCCACCGUAUUCGACGAUAUCAACUACUCGGCCGAAUUUGAGGUCCCAUCCGACGACGAAAUCAUCAAAACUACGCUCGAAGCCGACAAUUACGAGGAGCAGCUGACGAUGGUUGGGCACGAUGAAAGUGCUAUCCGGAAGGAUUUCAAGCGACGAAAAUUCAUCGAAUUCAUCGGCACGGACAAGCAGGGACAACCGAUCAUCGCGAUCUACGCCUGUCGAUUGCCAGAACGGAAGGAUCUGAACUCAAGCAUUUUCAUUGAUUUUAUCAUCAAAUCGAUGGAAGAGUUCGUCCAGAAUGACUACAUCAUUGCGUACUUCCACCAGGGCAUGAAGGACAACAGCAAGCCGGCACUCCAGUUUCUGUGGAAUUCUUACAAAGAGCUCGACCGAAGCUUUAAGAAGAACCUGAAGAAACUCUACGUGGUCCAUCCGACCACCUUCAUUAGAAUGGUGUGGUUCUUCUUCAAGCCGAUCAUCAGCGAAAAGUUCAAGAGCAAACUCAUCUACACGAGCAGCCUGGACGAACUGAAGCAAUCGCUCGGGUUGAACACGCUCAAGGUGCCGGAUCCGGUGCGAGAGUUCGACGAGAAGAUCAACAACGGCACCCGGUACACGCUGCGGGGCAGUAAAUCUAGUCUGAAGAGCAGUCGAUCGAUCGAGAACCUACCGAAGUCGGCCCAGUUUGGUGUGUCGCUGCGGUUCAUCAUCGAAAAUAGCGCCUGUCUUAACUGUAUCCCGCCGAUCGUGCGAAAGUGCGUCGACCAUCUGUCGCUGCCGGAUGUGGUGGAAACCGAGGGUAUCUUCCGACGGUCUGGUAACUACGCCCGGAUAAAGGAGCUGCGAGCGAAGAUCAACGCCGGCGAGGAGGUACAGCUCUCCAGCGAGGAUACGCAUGUCGUCGCAUCCUUGCUGAAGACGUUCCUGCGCGAGCUCGAGGAACCACUGCUCACGUACGAACUGUACGAGGACAUCACGCAGUUUAGCGAAUGGAAGACGGAGGAGCAACGGUCACGCAACGUAAAACAGCUGCUGCGCGAGCGGUUGCCAGAGGAGAACUACGAGCUGUUCAAGUAUAUCGUCGAGUUUCUCGGCAAGAUCAUGGAGCGGAAAGAUUUCAACAAGAUGACCUCCUCCAACCUGGCGAUCGUUUUCGGUCCAAACCUGAUUUGGCCGAAGCAGGAGCAAAUGUCGCUCGACGAGAUCGGCCCGAUCAACGCGUUUAUCGACUACGUGCUGCAACACCAGGACGACAUCUAUUUUGUGGACAUCAACAAAAAGGAUCGCGGUGCGUACGAUUAA